GGUAGCUAUCGUAUUGUUGUUGCUUCUGCUACGCACCGUCACUCCGCCGUCUUCUUCAUCUUCUUCUUCCUUUCCGUUUAGCGAUCAAAGUCGAAAAUUGGAGUUUGAUUGAUGAACCGGCGAUAGCGAAAUUGCUCGGUGUUGUGCAAAAAUGGCGGGUGCUGGUAAUGAAGACGCCGAUGCGGUGUUGAGCGAUGUGGAGGGCGACGAUCCGGUGCCGAUUCUGAUCAAGAGUCCGUCGGCGGAUGAAAUCUCGCCGGAGAGGUUCCGGGAGGUCCUGGCGGAGCUCGAUCGCGAGCGGCAGGCUCGUGCGGCGACGGAGGAAUCGAAGGCGGAGUUGGAUGUCCGGUUUAACCGCUUGAAGGCUCUUACGCAUGAGGCGCUCAGGAAGCGGGACGAGGUCGGGAAGCAGAGAGAUGAAGCUCUGCGCGAGAAGGAGGAAAUCUCGGGGAAUUACGAGAAGGUUAGGGCGGAAUUGGCUGAGGUUAAUCGGGCGAAAGAUGAGGGCUUGAAGCAGGUUAGUGAGAUCGCGAGGCAAUUGGACGAGGUGGUGAAGGAGAGGGAUGGUUUGAGAUCGGAAAUUGGGAAUUCGACGCACAUGCUUGUGACGGGAAUCGAGAAGAUUUCUGGUAAAGUCAGUGCUUUCAAGAAUUUUGGGGCUGGUGGUUUGCCUCGGUCGCAGAAGUACUCGGGAUUGGCAGCGGUCGCCUAUGGCGUCAUUAAGAGGACGAAUGAGACUGUGGAAGAACUCCUCAGACAGAUUGAUGCAACGACCAAGUCUAGGAAUGAGACGAGAGAGCAGAUGGAGCAGAGGAAUUAUGAGAUUGCCAUUGAAGUGUCUCAGCUUGAAGCCACCAUUGGUGGAUUGAGAGAAGAGGUUGCGGAGAAAGUUUCUGCUGUUGAGAAUUUGGAGAAGAUGAUUGCUGAAAAGGAUGGAAGGCUGUCUGAGAUUGAGAGAGAGAUGUCCGAGAAGUUAGCCAAGGUGGAAAGUGAAGCUCUUGAGUUGAGGCAGUUGGUCAGUAAGUAUGAUGAUAAGUUUGCAAAAAUGGAGUCGAAAAUGGAAGCACAGAAGCCAUUGUUGUUUGAUCAGGUGAAUUUGGUUUCGAGAAUUCAUGACCAGGUUUAUGAUAUUAUCAAGAUAGUUGAUGCCAGUAAUGCGGAUCAGUCCGAGUUCUCUGAGUCCUUGUUUCUCCCACAAGAAACAGACUUGGAGGAAAACAUACGUGCAUCUUUAGCUGGGAUGGAAUCCAUUUAUGAAUUGACCAGGAUUGUAAUUGAAAAGACAAGGGAUUUGUUCGAGGAAAAGAAUCGUGAAAUAAAGAGUUUAGAUGAAACGGUUUCUCGGUUAAAUAAGGAAAAAGAACAUAUUGGAUCUUUACUUAGGAGCGCUUUGUCAAGGAAGAUUACAUCAAAUCCAGCUUCCAAAACGAGUGACUUGUUCAAGGUUGCAGAAAAUGGUUUAAGAGAAGCUGGUAUUGAUUUCAAAUUUGGUAAGCUUAUAGGGGAUAGGAGGGUUCUGAAUUCUAGUGAUGGCGUUGACGCACUAGAGGCAGAGGGGGACGAAAUAUACACUUUGGCUGGCGCUUUGGAGAAUAUCGUUAAGACUUCUCAACUUGAGAUUAUUGAGCUUCAGCAUUCUGUGGAGGAAUUAAGGACAGAGUCCAGUUUACUCAAAGAGCACGUAGAGGCUCAAAAAAAGGAGCUUGACCACCGACUGCAUCAGAUUGAGGAACUUAAAGAGAAGGAGAGAGUGGCAAACGAAAGUGUUGAAGGACUAAUGAUGGACAUUGCUGCUGCUGAAGAAGAGAUUACAAGAUGGAAAGUAGCAGCAGAGCAAGAAGCAGCCGCAGGCAGCGCUGUCGAACAAGAAUUCAUUGCACAGUUGGCAGCACUUAAGCAGGAACUUGAGGAGGCAAAGGGAGCCGUGCUGGAGUCAGAGAAGAAGCUCAAAUUCAAAGAAGAGACAGCUGCAGCAGCCAUGGCAGCUAGAGAUGCAGCUGAGAAAUCGUUAAGGUUGGCAGACUCUAGGGCGUCGAGGCUCAGGGAUAGAGUUGAGGAGCUUACCCGUCAACUUGAAGUGUUCGAAAAUCGCGAAGACUCGAGAGGCGGAAAUCGGCCUAGAUAUGUAUGCUGGCCUUGGCAAUGGCUUGGCAUGGACUUUGUAGGCGUCAACCGACCUGACGCACAACAACAUAGUUCAAAUGAAAUGGAGCUCUCGGAACCCUUUCUGUGACCAUAUAAUUUUUUGUUUUUCCUAUUUAUACUGUCUUCAUGUAUCUUUCAAAAUCAGUACAGUCAACAAAAAGGAAAAAGGUAGCUUUAGAUCGCCUCUUCAUUGUUCAAGGCUUUCUUGUUUGCAAUGGUAGAAAGUCGAGAGUAAAUUAUUUUCACAUGGCAGCAGCUUUCCGAAAAACUAUAGUUCUUGUUUGGUUGGAGGGUUCAAAUCAAAUGAUUUGAACCAUAAUUUAAAUUUUAUGAGA